AUGGAGAACGCAGACCCUUUCCUCCAAGUCCAAGCAGAUGUCUUGUCAACACUGCAAUCCAGCCGUCCCCUCUUCUCAUCAUACCUCCGCAUCCGGUCUCUCGCCAAAAGCCCCUCAAAUCCCGAGCUGAAGCAAGCCCGCUCAGAGCUCGAGACCACAUUAACCGAGCUGAGCGCCGACUUAGACGACCUGGUCGAGAGCGUGCGCGCCAUCGAGCAAGAUCCCUACCGCUUUGGCCUGGAGCUGGACGAGGUGCAUCGGCGCCGGAAACUCGUCGACGAUGUCGGGGCUGAGGUCGAGAAGAUGCGCCAGGAGCUGAAGCAGGCCGUGUCAAGUUCAGAGGCUGCCGCCGCAUCAACUGAGGUGCCGAAUCCGACCGAGUUUGAUGCUGCCCUGGACGAGGAAGAGCGUCGCGGCGGCGAUGAUUACUAUGCUUCGCUGGAGCAGCAGCGCCAGGUAGAGCUGAUGCAUGACCAGGAUGAGCAGCUGGAUGGCGUGUUUCGAACGGUUGGGAAUCUGCGGCAGCAAGCAAAUGAUAUGGGCCGGGAGUUGGAGGACCAGGCGGUUAUGAUCGAUGAGGUCGAUACGCUGGCCGACCGUGUAGGCGGGAAGCUGAACAAUGGGAUGUCGCGCAUUAAACAUAUCGUCCGCAAGAACGAAGGUGAGUUGUUUACGCUGUGA